UUCUUCAAUAUUCCUGUGGGCGAUGAGGAAAGUUCCAGCAGUGUUACGGCAAGCUCGUAAAGCUAUUGCAGAUUUGGAUUUGCUCAAAGUUUUGCAAUCUGAAAUUAACCAUGAGUUUUCAGCUAAACAGUUUCAGAAUGAUGAAAGUAGUAGCUUUGGAGAUUUUGUUGUAGACUGGGAUUCACCACAAUCCCAAGACGUAGUUCUACGCAGGAGAUGCGAGUCAGGGGAGGAAGUUGCUGUUUCUGCUUUUUUGGGUGCUGAGGGCUCUAAUGAAAAUGCCAAAUUUCCCAGGAACGCUUUCAUGAAAGUAGGUGUGAAGAAGCCUGGCUUGAGAUCCUUGCUACAGUUUGAUUGUGUGGCAACUGCCCAAGUUGGUGACGGUUGUGACGUUGAAAUUCAAAAUGUGAACUACAUUCCAUCACCAGACCUUGAUUCUUCUUCAGCCCACAAAGGUCCCUAUAUCAGUUUUUUUAGUUCAUCAGAUGAGAGACUUCGAGAUGAGCUCCACAAAUAUCUAGAAGCAAGAGGAGUUGAUAAAAGUUUCGCAGAUUCACUCUUACUACACUUACACAAGAAGGAGCAAGGUCAAUACGUCGAGUGGUUGCACAAAUUGCAAGGUCUUGUAACACCAAGUGAAUGACACGGACAACGCCCUAUGCAGGAUAGUUGACUUGAUUCGAGUUCAUGACAUUAAGGCACUGAUUGCUGGAGGGGAGAAACAUCUGUUGGUUUACUUGCAAUUUUUGUUGGUUUUUGUAUGUUUUAUUUAUACGUAAACCCCUUCUCAUUGUACCUGAUUUAAACGG